CUAAGCCAGAUAUCGUGCUGUAUCCUUCGAAAAGGAUAACUGGAGGUAGACCGCUUCUCUGCUCCUGCUUGGUUUGGUACUCGUCUUCAUGCGUGUAGUUAAACGAAACCGUACUUUACCUACUAGAUUCGUAAAGCCCAUUUUACAAUCCAAGUGAGGAGAUAGAGCAUCCUCUAUGAGCCACGAGCGUUAGUUCCCGCCAUGGCAGUGACAUCACGAGUUCCCUUCCAACUCACCGGCCGCUAUGCCGAGCGUAGCAGAUGGGAGGUAGUCAACGGCCCGGGAGACUCCCGACCAACCGGACGAGAUGUAGUCGAGGACGAAGACCUCGUCGGAGCCAUGGGCGACAAGGUCGUCCUCAUCACAGGCGUAUCUUCCGGCAUGGGGCCCGAAACCGUUCGAGUUUUGGCGCUGACGGGCGCCACCAUCUUCGCAACGGCGCGGAACCUCGACAAAGCGCGCGAGGCCCUCGGGGCUUCUCUCCUCGAGGCGGGGCGCGUGCACCUCCUGUUCAUGGACCAGACCGACCUUUCGAGCGUCCGGAAAUGCGCCGCCGAAUUCCGGCGGCAAAGCGGCGGCAAGCUAAACGUUUUGAUCAACAACGCCGGCGUCAUGAAGACGCCUGAAGGCCGCACCAAGGACGGCUUCGAGCUGCAGUUCGGGACGAAUCAUCUAUCGCACUUCCUCCUCUUCUACCUGCUGAAGGAUCUCCUGCUCGCCAGCUCGACUCCCGAGUUCCAUUCUCGCGUAGUGAAUAUCUCGUCGUUAGGCCAUCGAUACGGUCCCGUGCGCUUCGACAACUUGAACUUGGAGGGCGAAUAUGAGGGUUGGUCUGCAUACGGCCAGUCUAAGACGGCCAAUAUCUAUAUGGCAACGCAAAUCGAGCGACUCUACGGCACACAGGGCUUGCACGGGUACAGCCUCAACCCGGGCAGUUUCGUCAGUCCCAACCUGCAGAAAUUCUGCCAGGAAGAGAUGAAGGCCGCAAAGAGCGACGAGCGGGUAAUGAAGUAUUUCGUGAGUCUAGAGCAGGCGUGCGCAACGAGCGUCUACGCUGCCGUUUCGAAAGAGUUAGAGGGUAAGGGGGGUUUGUAUCUCGAGGGUGUAUCAGUGGCUGGCCCCGCACCGGCGGAUGGCGAUGCGAUUGAGUACGGGUAUGGCGAGUGGGCGUUUGAUGGUGAGAAAGAGGAGAAGCUGUGGGAGGUUAGUAAGGGGUUGGUUGGUGUAGAGUGAUAGGGUACAUAAUUCCCAAGAUUGUAGGUUUGAAAACG